ACAAACAAACGCGUAGCGUAUCAAAAUCGUGGGAAGCCACUUACACACUCUUGCGCGUUGGCUUUCGUUUAGGUUUUGGCUUUCUACCUUUGGCGCUUUAACGUGAAAAAGAAUCCCGGCCGACUCGCCGGUACUCUUGCACCGUCCAUCGUCAUCAUCACGCUAAGCACUUUUUUACACAUUAAACCAAUUGCAUUGACUCCUCCAUUUUCAUACACUUGAAGCAAUGGGAGUUGAUUACUACAAUAUUCUGAAAGUGACCCGGAACGCCACGGAGGAUGAUCUCAAGAAGGCCUACAAGAGGCUGGCCAUGAAGUGGCAUCCCGACAAAAAUCCAGUGAACAAGAAAGAAGCGGAAGCGAAAUUCAAGCAGAUAUCCGAGGCGUAUGACGUCUUGAGUGAUGCGCAGAAACGUCAGAUCUACGAUCUGUACGGAGAGGAAGGGCUGAUGGCUACUGAAUUUGGUACGCCAUCGUAUGAGAGUAGUAAUUCGAAUUCUGGAUUUAGGUACAAUCCGCGUGAUGCGGAGGAUAUAUUCGCCGAGUUUUUCGGCGGAUCGAGCGGGAAGAGGAGCGGGCCUUAUAGGAAUGGCAGCACUUAUACGGAGCAUAGGAAGACUCCGGGGAGUGUAAAAGCGGCGGCGAUUGAGAGUAAAUUGGUGUGUAGUUUGGAGGAGCUUUAUAAAGGCGCUAGAAGAAAAAUGAGGAUUUCUCGUGUGGUUCCUGAUGAAUUCGGUAAGCCGAAAACUGUGGAGGAAAUCUUAAAAAUAGAUAUAAAACCUGGCUGGAAGAAGGGUACAAAAAUCACUUUUCCAGAGAAAGGUAACCAAGAACCUGGUGUCACUCCAGCUGAUCUUAUUUUUGUGGUGGAUGAGAAACCCCAUGUUAUUUUCAAGAGGGAUGGGAAUGAUCUGUUGGUGAAUCAGAAAAUAUCACUUCUGGAGGCCCUUACUGGGCAGACUUUUAGUGUGCUAACCUUGGAUGGAAGGAAUCUUAUCAUCCCAGUGACAGAUAUAGUCAAACCAGGGCAUGAGGUGGUGGUCCCAAAGGAAGGAAUGCCAAUCUCGAAAGAUCCCAGCAAGAAGGGAAACCUUAUUAUCAAGUUUGAUGUGAUGUUUCCGUCAAGACUCACUGCAGAACAGAAAUCAGAUUUAAAGAGGGUGUUGGGUGGAGCUGAUAACUAGUUGGAAACUCAAGCCUUGAGUGUCCAACUAUCUUUUAGUCCAGAUUGAUACUGGGUCAAUUAGAUGUAAAUAUGUUAAGUCUCCCACUAUUGAAGCCGAAGAUUGUUCAUAGUAGGAAGAAUGUUAAGGGGUUUGGAAACAGUAUAUGUUGAUAGUAUAUGGUGGUGGAAAAAAGGAUCAUCUUUAAUCCUCUUCUACUACUUGUUUUGCUGCAAGAGAAUGUUGGCCUUCUAAUUGGAAUUUGUAUACAGGUAAUGUAGUGGUAGUUUUUGAUUAAUAUGUAUGGUGAAAAACCUGUUGUAUGAUGCCCAUAUUAGUAAGGAUGAACCAUACUCUAUUGAAUGGUUUAAGGUUUGACUUUAAAAGUUUGCAUGUCUUCGAAUUGUUCAUUUUUUACUGUUCUUUGCAGAAUAUGUUUAGAUUACAGUGUCUUUUUCACUCCCUUGAUGGAAUUUUUAUGGAGUGCUCAUUGAUUUUUUAGAUUUUGGUCCCAGUGAUAGCACUUGAGAAUACGAUAGUUUGACAUUGAAUAAAUUUGUUUGAAUAUU